AUGUCAGCGCCAGCCACGGAAAGCGAGGAGUCCGCAACCGCCCCCUCUGCUUGGUCCCACAUCGCCGCCGCCGACGCUGCCGCCGCCGCUUUCGACUACCGACUCGCCAACCGCCAACACGACACCGACUCCGAUACCACCCCGAGCACGCCCGACACUGCCGAACGGGAAGCAUUCGAGCGCGCAAUCGCGCGCGCCGUUGGCCCACUAUCAUCGAUGACUAUUGCUGCCACCAAUGGCUAUCGGCCCCUCAUCCGCCGGCGGAGUCUCGACCCUGACAACGUCGAAGAAGUGCCAGAGACCCCCGAGGUAUCGGAACGCGAAGCGCCCAGGCACACGACGGGGUACGCCGUCGGCCCGCCGUUGACGAAUACGGCUCCCUCAACGCCCACUACUUCAAGUAUCGAGGCACCGCGUUCACCAUCCAUACACGGUGAGCGACCCUUCCACUACAUACUGCUGAAUAUGCGCAAUAGGGAGGACACACGCUUGUAUGCGCGACCGAUCGGAGCGGGAUUAUGGUAUCGACUGGAGGCUUCCGAGGACGAGAGUGAGGAAGAUUGGGCGAGAUCGGUAAGAGAUCUAGUAGCUUGGUUUGAUACGACUUUUAUCCUAUCGACUAACGAGCGGCGUCGUGUAGUGAUCGGGCUAGGCCCAGUCGAACAUGACAACGAAGUCUUCGACUCACCUCCUCCACCUCCUACGCCGGCACCAGGAACCUACUGUCUCGCACAUUACUCAGAAGAUGACGCGAGCAAUGCGUCCGCGUCAGAAGACGACGAGAUACACAAACUACGAACCGACGACCAGGUGGGUGUCAUUAGUCUAGUAUCACCAUCGUCGUCGUUGCCAAGUCCAACCGCGCUAGACUACCGCCGAGAAGACGAUGCCUUAGCCCAGCCACCAUCGGAGGAUAAGCUAGGGCACGAAGAGUUCACCACGGACGACCGAAGUAGCGCCGCAAUCAGCACAGACGCUCUGUCGCCAUCACCACCGAUACCAUCGUCAACGUUACCAUCCGCGAUAGGAGCUCGGGCCCGCACUACCGAGCAACAAUGCAAGACUACAGAUGCAUUCGUCCAAACCACAGUUGUUGGACUACCAGUACAAUACGCUACGGAAACAUCGACGAGGUCGGUCGAUGCCGCAAGUGCCACAGCUCAGCAAGAAGCCCCAAUGCUAUGUACAACGAAGCCAACCGACAGCGGUAUCACCUGCCCCGAAGACGGCCGACCGUCGCAUCCACCAACGUACGCUAGACCAGCCAUGUCGACACUUUCGCUCCCGAACUGGCCGCCUGACGAGCGCGGAUCGGUCCUCCGCGACAUUGUUAUCACUUUCUUCAAUAUCGAACAUCCCCGCAUUUGGACACGGCGCCGAGCUGACUUGCCAGGUUGGCAAGAGAUGCAAGACCUUCUCAGGACGACUACAGCAGUACCCCCGGCGUUUGAAGCGCGUAUGCAUAUCGCCAUAUCGUUAGCCGAAGAAGACGACUCAGACUCUGAGCUGAGUGUUGAACGCACGGACUCAGACACGCAGAGCAGUGACGCACCCUCCAGUAGGAACCCGGAAGGACCGAUGUACGGGUCAGAAACUCGGUCGAGCACAACUAUCGAAACCCGGGAGGCCGAAGAGAACUUCGCUUACGCUAGAGGGGCUUGGGAGGCUUCACCGCCGGAGUUCGACGGCGACGUCUAUGGUGAGCAAGUACCCCGCGUACUCGGGCUUCGGAGUGACGACUAUGUCCAACAGAAUUGUGCAAUGACACCCACGAUUUUCGGCAACGAUACGCAAACGGCAACUAUCGCCAAACUACCGCACAAGUACGGCGUCUGGGCGGAGGGUCCAUCGCAUCCCCUGGGGCCCACGACAUUCAUUGGACGAAAGGAUAUCCGAUUACCGGAGGAUGCGAAGAGUGCCAUCGUCGACGACCACCCUGCUGUAACAAACUAUCUACUUGCGAAUCUCUCGAGCCCCCAUUCAACCUCCACACUACAACAACCAUUUCGACCUCUUUGCUCACCAUGUCCGACAACUACGACGCCGCCCCGCGCCCGAUCGUCUUCGGGGAGGGCUUGCCGCUGA